ACAAUUCAAAAGUUACAUUACCUAUUCUGAAUUCAACGAGUGUACUUCGAAAGCACAGAAAAUGUAUACUUCAGGGAUUUUGUUUUCAAUACUCUACGCAACCUUAGCGGCAGAAAUCCCAGCACCGAAUAUGUUGGAGAAACUAUCGACAUUUAAACCAACUGAUAUACCAAUGCAAACACAACAUUUCAACAAAGAUAUGCAGUACGAAAAAGAGCAUCAUCCUGUAUACAGAGGGGAAGAGUUUAAGAACGAAGGCAGAGCGAGGAUAGAGCCAGUGAGGUCUCAAGGACCGGUUGUGAAAAAUGAGAUGUUAGCUGAUGAUUCCGCUGUGGGAUCUACUGACGUUAAUAGAGUGGACAAUUUACCUUUACCGGAAUACGGCUACGGACAUCCCCCGUCGGAAGUGGCCUAUCCCGAUAUCCCGUAUGCUCCCGGUUAUGGUUACGGCAAUGGUUACGACGUGUACGGGAACAGCCUUAGCGAUUACCUAUUAGAGCCUGACACGUCCACCUUCGGUCUUCUUUGGAGCCAAGUGCCCGAUUCUAGAACAAUCGUCCACUUGAUGGGAAGAACUAUUGGUUGGAUAUUAAAUAGCGUCUUCGUUCUACUUAUUGGUUCUCUUAUAACCGUUGGAGUUUGUUCCUACACGAACCUUUGCACGAUAAGCUUCCAAGGAGUUGGUCCUAUACACGAGGAAAUGAGAUCCUUCAUUACUCCAGAGCGUUUAGAAAAGAUUAGUACAGCUGCUAACUUUGUGAAGACGGCGAUAGACAAAUACCAGAAGAUACAGAAAGUUACAGACCAAGGUAUAAGAAAACGUAGUGUACUGUAA